ACGAGAUUCGGUUCACUUAACUCUAGGGUUACGGCUACAGCUCGUGGGUAACUGACAAGGUCGCUAGGCUGGACACUUCGGACAAUGCGAUCAAAAUGGAUGAACGAUCUGACUGGGUCGAGAUUCUUGAACCUCGCUCCCGGGAACGAAUGUACAUCAAUUUGGAAUCGGGACAGUGUGGCUGGGAGCCACCACCGAAUGUAAAGAUUCGGCAGGCAGAUAAAAACCAGUGGUGGGAACUAUUUGACCAAAACAAUAACCGUUUUUAUUAUUACAAUGCAAUUAGUUGCCAGACUGUGUGGCAUCGACCUCCAGACUGUGAUAUUGUACCCCUGGCUAAGCUGCAGGCAAUGAAAAGAAGUUCUCAGUUAGAUCUUAGAAGUCGCAUUAACAGUGAUGGAUCAAAAUCCCGAGGAAGUACAAGCAGCGAUGGCCGUGACACCCCAGUUCAAAUGGCUUUCCUUCAGGAACUCUGUAGUAAGAGUAAAGAAGCCAAUAACGGAAUAGGAGAGGAGGUCAUGAAAGAUCCUGGAAGGGAAACACAUAUCAUGUGGCAGCCUGCUCCAGGGACUAAAGCAGCCAUGCUGGUUAAAGUAAACAGUGUACGAAAACCAGUCUCAGCCGCCAGCAGUGAUCCUCAAUUGCAGAGUAGCCUUCCUGCAACGUAUCCUAAUACUUUGCUUACAAAGCCAACAGGAUGUGUUCAGCCACAACAGUUCACCCAAACUCUCUUAGCAGCUAAAUCGGUCUCCAUGUCUGCAGACACCAGCAAGUCAAUGCACGUUAAAAAGACUGAAAAUGGAGGCUUCUUACUGGUACUUUCCAAUGGUGCAAAUUACCAGUCACCUCAAAGAAGUCAGACUGGCAUACCGCAGCCUCAGUCUCCAAGGUGUGGUGCUUCUCCACCUGUUUAUGAUGAACCAUGUAUAGAGUCUCCAAUCUAUGAUGAACCACCACUUGAGAUGGACAUGGAGGCAGUCCAUCGCAGUGAGCCAUCAUCUCCUCAGAUGACACCAACUCACAGCUGUCAAAAGCAGUUGCAGUCUCUAAAGGUGCUACAGAAUUCAGGUAUUCAUCAACAAGAUUUCAUGAAACAUCGCAGAACUCCUUCAGCUACAGAGUACAGCCCUGCAGGUAGAGAGUGCAUCAAGCACAUGGUCAGUAUUGAGCAGGUGUACAGAUGGCCACAUUCUCCAAAUGGAACAGUUAAACCACAGACUGGACAACUAUUGACAAAAGACAGUUUUAAGCAAUCUCGGAAGGCCCUAGAGGCCAGUGUUCUAAAGAACAUUGAGGCUCAUCAUAGUCGGCAAAGUAGUCUUCAGUCUCAGGAAUAUCCUACUGUUGUAAGUCAGCAAGACUCUGGUUACUCAACUGGCCCUUCUCCAAGUUUGAGGAAGCGGAGAGGAAGGCGACAAGUUGUAGCCAAUGGAAGACCUGGUUCAGUAGGGAGCAGUAGUGAACUCAAUGCAUUAAAUGAUAAACUGAUUGCAGAAAUGCGGGAGUUUGUUGGCAAACCAGCCGCAAACCAGGGAAGCAAGGCAUGUGUGGAUAUAGACAUGAUGCAGAAUUCCAGUUCUGUCGACAGUAACAAAAUCAGGCUGACAUCUGAACAGCUGAAGCUGCACUAUGUCCAAGUAUCUCGAGAUGACAUUACAGCUAGCAACAGGUCUUUGUACAGACCAGUAUCAACUGAUAUUAGGGCAGGUGACAAUAAUGAUCAACUGAUACAACAAGAUGUUAUAAGACAAAAAAGGACAUAUGAAAAAGUUGAUUCUUUGGACAAGAGCACAACCAGUCAGGCAAGUUUGGCUUCCCCAGGUGUUGUGCACACAUCGUCUCAGGCUGGAACACUGGAAUCGAGUACAAAAUUUCAAACUAGGGAACAUCCAUGCAAUGCAACAAUUUCUUUUGUGUACCAUUUUCCUUAUACAACACUACGAAAACCCAUACCUGAAAGUAGCAUGACUGACUGGGCCUCCAAGAACUUGAAUAUGCAUACUCAGGGCAUUUUUCGAAGGAGGGUAUCGAUUGCAAAUAUGCUUUCUUGGAGUGGAGGCUCCAUCAGAAAACCCAUGUUGAUUACCAGUAACCGUAUCUUAAAAAAAGAGGCCUGUGAAAUGUUUAAACUUGUGCAGAUGUACAUGGGGGACAGGCAGGCACGAGCAGACAAGAAUGAAGUUGCAUUAAUUGCAGUUACGAAGUGCUGGACAAUGCAAGGUCUUCGAGAUGAGCUGUAUAUUCAGUUAGUCCGUCAGACUACAGAUAAUCAUUGCUGCAGAAGCUUGUCAUCAGGCUGGGAACUUAUGGCAAUAAGUCUGGCUUUUUUUUCACCUUCUCCAAAGUUUCAGUCAUAUUUGGAAGGCUAUAUCUAUCGGCACCUUGACCCUGUCAAUGACAAAAAAAUAACUGAGAGGAUUAAAGAACUUUUACAGACAAAAAACAGGAGAAACUCAAAGUCAAGUAAAAAGAGAAAGCAGAAUUGUGAUGAAGAAGGCUUACCUAUAAGUACAUAUGCUCAGUACUGCUACCGUAAAUUACAGAAAGUGGCUAUCACGGGAGGCAAGAAGGGGCUCCGAAAACCAACAGUGGAAGAGAUUGAGCAUGCAAGGAAUGCUGUUGUGACACCUUCUUUGUUUGGAAGCUCCUUGGAAGAGAUUAUGCUUCGCCAACAAGAACUGUAUCCAGAAAGAAAGUUGCCUUGGGUUCAGACUCAGCUGUCCCAGCAAGUGCUUUUACUUGGAGGUGCACAGACUGAAGGAAUAUUUAGAGUACCUGGUGAUAUUGACGAGGUGAAUGCAUUAAAGCUGCAGGUGGAUCAGUGGCGAAUACCAGAGAACAUGGAGGAUCCCAACAUCCCAGCUUCUUUGUUGAAGUUGUGGUACCGUGAAUUAGAAGAACCACUCAUACCUCCAGCAUUUUAUAAGCAGUGCAUCACUAAUUACGAAAACCCAGAUGCAGCUGUGGCAGUUGUUGAAUCACUGCCUGAAUUGAACAGGCUGGUCCUUUUUUAUCUCAUUCAUUUCCUUCAGGUUUUUGCUAAGCCAGCCAAUGUCAGUAAAACCAAGAUGGAUGUCAAUAAUCUUGCCAUGGUGAUGGCCCCAAACUGCCUCCAGUGUCAGUCUGAAGAUCCGAAAGUCAUUUUCGAAAAUACAAGGAAAGAGAUGUCUUUCCUGAGAAUUCUCAUUGUACAUCUGGACACAAGUUGUAUUCGAGAUGUUUUGUAAAUAUUUUUGAUAGCCUUCUAGACCUGCCAUGUUUAAAUGUUUUAUUAUUUUUAACAUUUGUAUUGUUCUUUGUAAUUUUAUUUUUUUUACUUCUAUGAUUCCUGUAUUUCCAACAAGAGUUUAUAGAUAUCUAAAAUGUGACUGUUUUCACUGAUAGUAAUAGUUUAUCAAUAAGUUUAGGAAGAAGGGAUAGAAAGGAAUAGAGUAGUAAUAGUGCCUUACUAGUUCAACAGGUUUGUGUGAGAGUACAGUUCUUAUUCUAAAGUAGGUUCCCUAAGGAUUAACAGUGAUUAUGAUGUCAACAUGAUGAACCAUAGCUGUUGCUGUUGUAUCAAAACUGCUCUAUGUGGUUGAACCAGGAAGCAACAUUGAGAGAUAGGAAGUUGAUGUCAUUCAUCUGAAUUGUGGAACUACAAGAUGGAAGGAAGUAUUCAACUGAAGAACCUUUUCUUUUGGAUUUACUUAAAAGUGGUGCAGGUAUAACUGGUUGUAACUUUAACUGCUAAUUUAUAAAUAAAUGGUGCCCACAUUGUUUCCUUUGGUGGAGUUUGGAGCAGAAUUUAUACAGAGAGCCUUAGUGCAAAUGUCCUUGCUGACAGCACAAUGGAGCUGUUACUGAUAUGACCAAAAUUGCCACCUGUGUUCAACCUAUUUCGAGAAUCUACGGUCAGGUUCCUGCUAAGAAAUUGCCUUUGUAGGCUGUUGUAAUCUAAGCACUGAUAUCCAGUAUAUAUUUUUUUUUAUUUUAUUUAAAGCUAGUAAUUUCCUUUUUCUCUCCCAUACCUCAUUUAUGGUGACACAUCUAUCAUUUUCUUACUAGUGGUUUCUGCAGGCAAUUAAGCAUGUGAAAAUUUGUUUUAAAGUUCAGGAUGUUUUGUCAUCUAAUUUGUUGAAAAUAAUGAUCAGCUUAAUGUAAGUACUGGGAGUUUGUCCCGCAGCACUGUUUACUUUUUUAAAUAGUUCAAAAACUGUGUUUUAAUAGUUCCAAAACUGCAUAGUCUUUAUUUUAUGAUGUUUUACUCGACUUUGUUGCCCUUUCUAGUAGGUGCCAUCAUAGAUGUGGUAAACAACUAACUAGGCAGAAUUUUUGAUUUUUUUGUGUGCUGGUUUAAUGUACAAAUAGAAAACUAGAUUUGCAGUAGAUCUGAUUACUUUUGUUUGCCGAGUGGGAAAGUAUAGUUCCUGAAGCUGUGGUAGUGUUGUUGAGAAAAUUGUUUGUGUUAAUCCUUUAGCAGCCUUACUAAAGGAAUAUGGGUCAAAAGCAAAGAAACCAUUACUUUUGAUUUCCCUGUUUGACCUGCAGUAUCACUGGCAUUUAAUGUUGUUAAGUUUUUGCUUUAAUAAUUUUCAGGGAUGCUGCUAGCUGUUCCUGUUAAUGGUUAAACCUUCAGGAACUCUGGUCAGCAGCUUUUCACCAAAGCCCCGUCAUCUGGUAUUUUCUUUUCCACUUAAUCUUACCAUGUUUAUUGAACUUUUGAGUACUGCAUCACUGCAAGUGUACCUUUCAUUUUUUUAUUUAAUUAAAUUUCCAAGUUUUCGUACAGCUUUCUUUAGAAUUGUUGGUGCUUGACUGUGAAAGACUACUGCUUUGUGACAAAGAAAUAGCUGUGAAAGGAUUAAUGUAAGUUUUUUUAAGCAGUUCUGAAACCAGCACUGCAGCAUGGGUUUGAUAGAACGACAUUGUUGCUUUCUCUUCAUUUGUUGCAACUGACUGAAUUGGUGUAGUUAGUAUUUUUACACUUUUUUUCACCAAGUUCUAAUAGUGUGAUCACCAGAGUACAAAAAGAGUGAAUGGCAGUUACUGUUUGGGCAUGGUAAACAUGCAAAAAAAAUGCCAGGCAGCAUGCAACUGGGAUGCAGCAGAAGGUUGUUAACCAGGUGAACAUCCUCAGCAAGAACUGGGAUACUGUAAUGUGGAGGGGAAGGGGUGCACACCAUUCAGGAAAUUUAUUGUGAUGUAAAUGCAGCAAAACUUUUUUAGCAUAUCAGGACCCAAUGUGUGUAGAGUACUUGGUGCGUAGAGUGCACAGGAUUUGUCACAAUUUGUAGUAAUGUGCUACAACACAAUGAACGUCAGUAUCAGUAGUAUACUCUUGUUUAUGUAACAACUCAUGUUUUGGUCAACAUUCUCUAAGCAGAGUAGCUCUCCUAUACAGUGUUACAGGAAUUCUUCUCAGAAGGUCUUCUCUUUCGGAGUAUGUCAAGUUUUGUUCUUGCUGGAGAACACUCACGAGGUCUAGCAAACACAGACUGGGAAGGCUGAGGAGGACUUUGAGGUGUCUAUGCCAUGUCUCCACUUUGUUAUUUUUAUGGUCUAUAUUUUGUGCAGCCAACUCACCCACAUUUCAGGUACACAAGGUAUAGAACGAGGCAAUGUACUUCACCUCACUGGUAUGGAAUGUGUAUCAUCUGGGGUAGUCCUCUUUAUAAUGGUGAUCCAGGGAUAUAAUCAGCUUACAGGUAGUGUCAGACAUCAAGGCAGUAAUAUCCAGAAAUAUCAGUACCACACUUCAUUGGACAGGAAUGCCAUUGCUGUUAUAAUAUACACUUGGAGGUAGAAGGGCAUGUCAGUGCCGUACAGUGCUCCCAGAUAGUGCCAUUGCAGCUGGUGCCAUAUUUUUUGAGCAUAAUGAAAAAGGCACCCCUUCAUGCUUGGCGUUGGAAAGACUUUCCUGCCUGCAUGCAUGGCCUCCUUUUCAAAAUCUGUUAGAAUGUACUGGAGUACUAGGGUAUAUCCAGCAUUCUGUGCUACCAUUUUCACUAGGGUCCACAUGGCCUCAUAUCCACCAUCCACUGAGUCAUCAGUCAUACAUCAUGGACAUUUUCUGAUAUUGGAUACCAUCUAAAUGGGUCAAAGUCACUGCUUACUUUGGUACAUGCAAGCAAGGUCCCUUCUGCGACUUGCAGAGGUCCCCCAUUUUCAUGAUAGUUGUCAGCAGCAAAAUAAUGGUAUUGCUGUCAACAUACUCCAGCCGGUGCACUAUGAAUAGCCCAUUAUGUAAUCGGCACAUCUCUGCAGCUACAUCCUCCAUUGUUUUUGGCAACUUUGGCUUGGUGGUCGUGGCUCCUUGUUAUGCCUUUGUGGUGGAGUGCCAUAGGGUAGCAGGGUCAGUAUUAGAACCACGAAAAGUCAGUUCAGCAAAUGGCUUUCACAUCGAAAAUGCUGUUCAUCAAACUCGCUUUUGUGGGGGGCUGUGCCCCAUACUCUAAUUUUAUAUAUAUAUAUAUAUAUAUAUAUAU